AUGAAAAGAGUGCUCCGAAGAUACCGUCGCCAGAAGCGCCCCAAGACGCAAGGCAGCCCCGAUGUGGUGGUUUACAAACCAACACAAGUUCAGAGAAACCGAAUUGUCCCGCAAAGAACAAACCUAGAAGAUGUUCCGGUUGAGAUCCAGCAAAGUAUUCUCCACCAGAUGCCAGACUUACCGACGCUCCAAGCGCUCAUCUCUGCGUCGCCGUCCUAUCUCAGGGCCUACCAAAGCCAACGCCAUCCGAUUCUGUCCAACAUACUCCUCCGAGAUAUCCAUCCAGAUGUGCUCUUCGACGUCUUGGCGAUCGUAAACGCGCUGAAGCUGCCACGGAAUUAUGAUGAUUAUGUGCCCCAAAUGAAAGUCUUCAUCGAGCAGUACAAGACCGCGAGAGACUCACUGCAUGUAGCUCUCAAGCAACUCGAACCAAGCAUCAAAGAAAACGUAUGGGAGUUUCAUCUGUCGGUAAUCGAUGUCACAAAAGACUUCUGUGAUUAUGCGCUGUCAACGCACCCAGUCACAGGUCACAGUCUAAAUCAUCGUACAUCACUCUCGCCAAAUGAGGUGCGUCGAAUCCAUCGAGCCUUCUACCGCUACGAGCUCUUCACCGUUCUCUUUCGAGAGUCAGAUUUUUACCACAACGAGCAAAUCGAGAGGCAUAGAGACCGAGACCCGGACAGAGCUCGUCUCGCUGUACAAAGAGAUUCGAUCAGGUCCCUCGAUGACCAGGAUAGGUCGUUCCUCUUCUUCGCUCUUUUCAGGGCCUGGGAGGUAGAAGAAAUAGCUUGUGUGCGGGACUACAUCAUACAUCGGUAUGAUGAGCUACACAAACAAUGCAAGUCGGAAUGGCAGGAAAUGACGGGAAGGGAAAGCCAUUAUCGCGCUGCACCGUGGAACGAUUCCUCCGAAUGGGUGUCCGAAAUGUACGACGACCAAUCCUGUCACGAAUACUACCUAUCCCUUGGCCUGGGCUUCUUCUGCACCUUGAUGAAAGCUUCUCACGAAGAUCAGAUGCAGAUGCUCCGAGAGAAUAUAGGUCUCUCAGAUCUGUCCCUCUCUAGCGCCUUAGAGGACGAUGGCCCUUUCUGGGACAGUCCUAUGUACGAUGCAUGUAUCGAUCGAGCCUUCCAAGAGUUUCACAGUGACUGCGAUAGGGAUGCUCCAAACGCGGCAUGGAUAUGGUCUGCAGAGGACAAGGUUGAUAUUCGCUAUUACCAGUCUGAUAAGGCGGGUCUGAGGACGUGGGGGUAUGUCAUGUGGGAUAAAGAGAGAUUGAACCAAUGGAGCAUUCUACAUGAGAAUCCUCAUGACUAUCUUCAUUGA